CAGGGUCAUACGUUGUACAUUCGAACAUGUGCAUCUGGCAUGGACUGUAUACAUAGAUCUUAAGCAGCUUAACUAUGAAGUUAUAUUUGCACGUAAAGACCUUAGAAUCUCAGCCGCAACGUGUUUGUCGUUAGUUAUCAGUAGCUGCAGACGUUGGCAUUGAUUGAACCUAUUGCAGGUUGAACGCUUUUUAUGAGCCUUAUGAAUAUGCGUGUAGCAGUAUUUGUCUACCUAACGUCGCCUGGCUAUUUCUGAGCAAUUCUGUUAGCCAUCUUAACGACUCCCUUAGAACAGACGUCUUGGUAGUUACAAAGUAGGUAGAUAAACUGUUUACUUAGGCGAAUAGUGGUAAUUUCUUCUGGAGGAAGGUCUUCAAAGCAAGUGUCACUUUUAACAGCAGUUCAUUUGGCGCAACGGCUUGUGGGUAAAUUUCGGGUGCAGCUUGCAGUAAAACGAGUCUCUGACCAGGAACUUCGAUUCGCUCUUCUUGAACCGCAGUAUCUAAAACCUGGAAAACAACAUCUGUUUGUUUUUGGUUCGGUUAUUGGUUGAGAGAUUAAACAAAAUUUAACCCAGCGACACGACUCUUUAGAAUAUAAUAGGUAUGAGUUUAAACGAACAUUCACUCCAAGCCCUGUCUUGGAGGAAGCUUUAUUUGAGCCGAGCUAAACUCAAAGCAUCAAGUAGAACGUCGGCUUUGCUGUCUGGAUUCGCUAUGGUGGCGAUGGUGGAGGUGCAGUUGGAUACCACUUAUCCUUAUCCCCCUGGUCUGCUGAUUGCCUUCAGUGCCUGCACCACUGUGCUGGUGGCAGUUCACCUUUUCGCUCUAAUGGUCAGCACUUGCAUUCUUCCCAAUAUAGAAGCUGUCAGUAACGUCCACAACCUCAACUCUGUGAAAGAGUCUCCCCACGAACGUAUGCACCGUCACAUCGAGCUGGCCUGGGCGUUCUCCACUGUGAUUGGUACUUUGCUGUUCCUGGCGGAGGUAGUGCUCCUGUGUUGGGUCAAGUUUCUGCCUGUGAAACCCAGCAAGCCGGUGACACCCAGCAAGGCUAACAACGAAACCGUGGAGAUGUCUGCUGGAGUGGCCGCCGCCAUCACCUCCACUUCCAUCAUGGUGCCCUUCGGUCUGGUGUUCAUCGUUUUCGCUGUGCACUUCUACCGAUCCCUGGUCAGCCACAAAACAGACAGGCAGUUUCAGGAGCUGGAGGAGCUGUCAAACCUGACCAGGCUUCAGAACGAGCUUGACCACAGAGGAGAACCGUCGCUCAUGCAGUCCCCCAGCUCUCAUUUCCCAUGAAGAGAAACCCGAAACCUACUGUAUGCGACGAAGAACUUUGACAUUUAUGGAUGUUUCAGAGCUAAGCAUUCCAGUGGCCAUUAUUUUCAUUAUGUCCAUCAAGACAAUUCAUUACAUUUCUAUUACGAGCGUGUUCCAAUCCACACUUCAUGGUCACCAUUUUAUAGAGAUUUUUUUUAUGCUUUUAUAAUUGAAGGAUGUAAUAUGUAUUACAGAUUUAUCUGUGAAGGCAUGCAUGCUUCUUGAUGCAUGUUAUUAGAUAGAAAACAAUGUUUUCUUGACACAGGAACUUUGAAUAUUGUUUCAUAAUUUGCCUUGUGGGUUCUGGAAGACAGAACGAAGAGACUUCUCUUAACCCUUGUGUUAUCUUCGGGUCAUUCUGACCCAUCAGUCAUUGUGACCCACCGUCGUAUUGCGACAGAUUUACCGCAUACAAAGACAAAGUGAAGCCUUUUCUUUUAACCGUUGGGCUGUCUCAGACCCCCCACAUUGCGAAGGUUAAAAGAAAAUUAUUUUAAUUUGUUUUUGUAUUGGGUAAAAUUGGGUAAACACAACGAUGGUUCGUUAUGAACCUUUGGGUCAUGUGACCCGAAGGCAGCACGAGGGUUAAAUAAAGAAGUGCUAGUAAGCUGUACUGACAUCUAUGAUUCUGUAGCAGUGACCUGACCCAGUGUGUCACUUGAGCUCUGUAUUGUCUUAGUGUUGUAUGCUUCAUAUGCUGCCACAAACCUCAUGCUCUGAUUUGCUGUAUUAACUGGUGUGUGACCACAUGUCUGCUUAUUAAGCUUUUUUUAGAAUCUUGCCAAAUGUUUUCAUUUUUUAGAAUCUUGCCAAAUGUUUUCAUAAACUGUUUUAAAAAAUGUGUAUUAUGUAUACUGACUACUGUAUUCAGUACCAGUAAUAACUGGUAAUAAAAAUAUAUUUUGGACCAUA